AUGGCUUUGAUUCCUCCUUCGUCCAUUGCUUUUGAUGCUCCUGUCGCUGUUCCUUCCAUCCAUGUUGGGUUCCCAGUGAGCGCCAAUGGCUGGCUUAUGCCUAUUGAGGGCGCACAAAAAGCAUCCGCACUCCCCCUCAUUUGCUCGGCCCUCAUCGCAUUCGCCUUUGCCUUCCUCGUCAUUGCCAUGUUCUUCGCGGUCGGCUGGCACCGAGGCAGUACCGCCAUCCGGGACCUCGAAAAGGCGGAGCAGCCAGAACCUGUCGUAGAACAAGUCGAGCGAAGGAGCAUCGCAAUCUCGGUCGUGUCUGAUACUGAGGUCUUCUCAUCUGGGAAGAAGAAUUAG